ACCCGGAAUAAGCACACCAUUGUCGGAAAACAGACGCUAGAUCGUCGCUCCACUCUGUCUCCGUCUUCGUCGACCACCUCCCACCACAUUUUUCACAUUUACUCCCUCGAUUCCCUACUACCAAAUCUCUCUCUCUCUCUCUCCCCCAUCUCUCCCUAUUGAAGCAUGUCAAUUGAGCGAUCACCCAGCGAGUCAUGGGACAUGAUGCUCCCGGGCCCACCCUCCCGUAACAACGGCGGUUCAUCCGAUCUAAGUCCCACCGGUCUACUCUCCUACGCCGCCGGCAGCAGUGUAGUCGUCGUCGACACUCGCUCUAUGCAGCUCAUCACCGUCAUUCCCCUCCCUCCGCCAUCGAACUCAUCUCUCUCCCCCUUCGUCACCUCGGUGCGGUGGUCCCCACACCAGCUCCGCCGUGACUUGCUCUCUUACGAUCCCUCCACCGCCGCCUCUCACUUACUUCUCGCCGCCGGUGACCGGCAAGGUCGCAUUGCUCUCCUCGAUCUCCGCGCCAAAUCACCUCUUCUCUUUCUAGAUACUUCGGAUUCUAAGCUCGGAGUCCAGGACCUCUGCUGGAUCCUGACCCGACCCGAUUCAUACGUGAUUGCUGCUCUCUCCGGACCUUCUCUGCUCUCUCUCUACAAUACUUCCACUGGCAGGUGUUUCUUCAAAUACGACGCCGCUCCCGAGCUCUUCUCGUGCAUUCGCCGCGAUCCUUUCGAUUCGAGACAGGUUAUUGCAUUAGGACUUAAAGGUUUUCUAUUAUCUGUUAAGGUGUUGAAUGAUAAUUCAGAAGAUGACGUCACUCUCAAGGAGCUACAAGUUGGCACCGAUACUUCGGAAUUGCAGAGGUUGGAGAGGGAUAAUGCAAACGGAACGAAUUCGAAUGCCACAUCGCCUGCACUUGCGCUUUAUCCGACUUAUUUUGCUAAAUGUGCUUUUUCGCCACAUUGGAGGCACAUUUUGUUUUUGACUUUUCCAAGGGAAUUGGUUGUGUUUGAUUUAAGAUACGGGACUGCAUUGUUUAGUGCAAGCCUGCCUAGGGGUGUUGCAAAGUUUUUGGAUGUGUUGCCGGAUUACAGCAUGGAGUUGUUGCAUUGUGCUCAUAUUGAUGGAAAAAUCAGUACCUGGCGGCGGAAAGAAGGCGAGCAGGUUUACACUAUGUGUAUGAUGGAAGAAUUGAUGCCCUCAAUUGGAACAUAUGUCCCCCCUCCAUCAGUACUUGCAGUUUCCAUCUCAUUAUCUGAGUCUACCCUACAAAAUGUUAGCAAAUACUGUUCUAAUCAAUCUUAUACCUCACCUGAGGUGGAUUUUGAUAAUCCUUUUGACUUCUAUGAUGUUUCUCAUAUCAUUUCUAAGACACAUAUAAUAUCCAUUUCUGAUGAUGGAAAAAUUUGGAACUGGCUCCUGACUGCUGAAGGAUUAGGUGAAGCUCCAAAAGGUGAAAGUAAGUCAAGCUCUAAUUUAGAGAAUAUGUCAACGGUAGAUAGCAAUGCCAGUGACCCUGGGUUGGAUUCUAUUAAACCGCUUGAAGAUAUUACAAUCACUACCAGACGUCUGUCAAACACCACUACCAACGGUGAAGAUAUGUUGUUUAAGAUCAGUCUCGUCGGACAACUUCAUCUUCUUUCUUCAACUGUAACAAUGCUGGCUGUACCAACCCCUUCUUUGACAUCCACUUUGGCACGCGGUGGAAACUAUCCGGCUGUCGCGGUUGCACUAGUUGCUUUGGGAUCCCAAAGUGGUACAAUUGAUAUUGUUGAUGUUGCUGCUAAUGCUGUUGCUGCAAGUUUUUCCGUUCAUAACAAUGUCAUUAGGGGAUUAAGAUGGCUUGGCAAUUCUAAACUUGUCUCUUUUUCCUAUUCUCAGGGAAGUGAAAAGAUUGGAGGCUAUAUUAAUAAACUUGUAGUGACAUGCUUAAGAAGUGGGCUUAAUCGAACAUUCCGGGUUUUACAAAAGCCAGAACGUGCACCUAUAAGAGCUUUAAGGGCUUCAGCUUCUGGAAGAUAUCUUUUAAUAUUGUUUCGUGAUGCACCUGUUGAGGUGUGGGCAAUGACCAAAACUCCGGUUAUGUUAAGAUCUUUAGCUCUUCCGUUCACGGUAUUAGAAUGGACACUUCCUACUGUUCCAAGACCAGGUCAGAUGGGACAAUCUAAGCAAUCAGAUCAUACAGCUGUAACUGCAAAUGCAUCCUCUUCAGAAUCAAAAGGAGUAGGUCCUGAUGAGACUGAAGAUGACUCCUCCGAAAGUUUUGCAUUUGCAUUGUUAAAUGGAGCACUUGGAGUUUUUGAGGUUCAUGGCCGAAGGAUCCGAGACUUCAGACCAAAAUGGCCUACUUCUUCAUUUGCUUUAUCUGAUGGACUGGUCACAGCAAUGGCUUACCGUUUGCCUCAUGUAGUCAUGGGAGACAGGUCGGGGAACAUACGCUGGUGGGAUGUGACGACUGGGCAGUCUUCCUCUUUCAAUACUCACAGGGACGGGAUCCGGAGAAUCAAGUUUUCACCUGUCGUUCCCGGAGAUCGUAGCCGUGGGCGCAUUGCCGUGCUAUUCUACGACAACACAUUUUCUGUAUUUGAUCUUGACUCGCAAGAUCCAUUAGCCAAUUCCCUUCUACAACCUCAAUGCCCUGGAACCCUCGUCUUGGAACUUGAUUGGUUGCCUUUGAGAGCUAAUAAGAAUGAUCCAUUGGUGUUAUGUGUUGCAGGAGCUGAUAGCAGUUUUCGUCUAAUAGAGGUUACCAUGAGUGACAAAAAAAUUGGACAUACAACUCAACCAAGAUCACUGAAAGAGAGAUUUCGGCCAGUGGCAUUAUGUUCACCUAUUCUACUGCCUACACCACAUGCACUGGCAUUGCGGAUGAUACUGCAGUUGGGUGUCAAGCAUUCGUGGUUUAAUACAUCAACCAUUAUGGAUAAGGGGCAUUAUAAAAUUCUUCAAAGUGGAUCAUCAACAGGAGAUCUUCGUAGUUAUAUGAUUAAUUCACCACCUGUCGGUGACUCUGUUGUGCCAGAAUUGCUCCUUAAAAUUUUAGAGCCUUACAGAAAGGAAGGAUGCAUACUUGAUGAUGAGAGGGUAAGCAUAUAUGCUAAUGUUGUCAACAAAGGUUCAGCUGCGAGAUUUGCCUUUGCAGCAGCAAUUUUUGGGGAAUCUGCAGAAGCACUUUUCUGGUUAGAGUUGCCUGGUGCACUUAACCACUUACUGAAUAAGAUUGUUAGCAAGUCACUUCAGAAAGCCCCAAUAUCAGCUUCAACUUCUGAAGAUGAGGAUGCAUCUAUGCUACUUAGAAUAACAUCAAAGGGAAAGUCAGUGCGUGGAAAAAAGAAUGUAUCAAACUUUGGUCAGCAUAGGUUGAUGGCUUUUGACCAAGGAGAGUUGUGGGAAAGUGCUAAUGAGCGUAUUAACUGGCAUGAAAAAUUGGAGGGGGAAGAGGAUAUUCAAAACAGAGUACACGAGCUUGUUUCCACUGGAAAUUUAGAAGCUGCUGUUAGUUUACUUCUUUCAACCCCUCCAGAGAGCUCUUACUUCUAUGCAAAUGCAUUGCGUGCUGUUGCUCUAUCAUCUGCUGUAUCAAAAUCCCUUCUUGAACUUUCAGUAAAGGUUGUUGCAGCAAACAUGGUCAGGAGUGACAGGUCAUUGUCAGGCACACAUCUGUUAUGCGCUGUUGGUAGAUACCAAGAAGCCUGUUCACAGCUACAAGAUGCCGGAUACUGGACAGAUGCUGCAACCUUAGCAGCAACACAUUUAAAGGGUUCUGAUUAUGCAAGGGUAUUGCAAAGGUGGGCAGAACAUGUCCGCCACGUUGAACAUAAUAUCUGGGGGGCUCUAGUCUUGUACGUGGCUGCUGGUGCUUUGCAAGAGGCGUUGGCUGCACUUCGUGGAGCACAGCAGCCUGAAACAGCUGCCAUGUUUAUACUUGCUUGCCGUGAAAUCCAUGCCGAAUUUGUAUCCAGCUUGGAUUCAGAUGAGGAAUCAGGCGAGCCAAAUAAGGAAACACUGCUCAACUUGCCAGAGUUGAAUCCUGAUAAUGAAGAUGUUAUUGCAGUUGGAGAAUAUUAUGGCGAAUAUCAAAGAAAACUAGUGCACUUAUGCAUGGAUUCACAACCCAUUUUUGAUUAAACCCAUUGGUAUAUAUAGGUCAUUCUUUCUCAUCUACCAUCACAAAGUGUUUUUGUAACGUAAAUAUAAUUUAGGUUCCCGCAUUCUUGUUACUCAGGUUUAGGUGUAUGUUUUGGCACCCAGAACUGUUGUACAUACUGUCUUAAAUUAGAUUAAUUAAGGUUUUGAUUGUAUGAAUAUCACAGUGAAAAUUCUUUUAAUUUAAUUGUAAUGUACAUUGAUUCA